UCAGUUCUGGACAUUGACCGGAACCUGUGCAGUACCACUGGAAUAGCUCAUGUACUCCUGCAUUGCUUCGAGCUUUGUCACAUCAAUGUUGUCAGGUGCAUUGGCUACGAAAUUAGCAAACUGCUGGAGUUGUGGACAUGUUUCCCAUAACCUUGCAAACUCGGGAAACUGCUUCUUGAGACUUUCCACAGCUUCAGGAGUAAGUUUCUUCGCAUCAUUGAAGAAUUGCUUAUUGAAAUCGAAUGACAACUGA